AUGAUUCCCAAUCAUAAAUCAUCAUCAGAAGAAGAAAUAUUGCUGCUUCUCGAAGGUGAUUUAUCUGAUUUGGACCUUGAUAUGUCUGAUGUGGAGGAAGAGAUUGAAAAUGCUCGGCAGCAGGACCCUACUACACUGGAUAUACAGUUUCUUCAAGGAAUGGACCUUGAUAUGGUUGAAAUUCUGGACCCUCAAGCCAAUGAUGAAGAUGAUGUUCCCUUAGCUUCAAGAUUACUUGCUGAGCCAAACCUUGCACCAAGUCAUUCAGCUCAGAAAAUUCAGUGUGAUACACACCAGGAUCUUUGGUGGAGAAUGAAGGACAGUGAAGAAGUGGACACAUCAUGUAAUGCAAUUUUUUCUGACCCUCCAGGAGAUGAACGGACACCUUUGCAGUAUUUCAGAACAGUGUGCAGUGAUGACAUUAUCCAGAACCUAGUCGAGCAAUCUAAUCUAUACUGCACACAGAAAACAGGUGCUUCUUUAGAUACAAAUGUUCGUGAAAUAGAAAAGUAUAUAGGCAUAAACAUCCUAGCAGGUGUUGUGAAAAUACCUAGUUACAGAACGUACUGGGCAGAGGCUACAAGAUUUUCUCCAAUAGCUGACUCAACGCCUAGAAAUAGGUUUGAUAACCCAAGAAAUUAUUUACAUGUGAAUGACAACACUAAAAUGAAACAAAGAGAGGACCCUGAUUAUGACAAGCUGUUCAAGGUGAGACCAUUUGUUGACAAAAUCAAACAAUGUUUUUCAAUUAUUGAACCUGAGGAAUAUCAUUCAGUGGAUGAAUUAAUCAUUCCAUUCAACGGUCAUUCAUCCCUGAAACACUGUGUAAAAAGCAAACCACACAAGUGGGGUAUAAAAGUUUUUGCCUGUGCUGGUUCUAGUGGAAUUGUGUACAAUUGUGGAAGGACUGCCAAAAUAUACAAAUUUUAA